AUGUGCGAGUAUUUCGACCGAAAUCCCAGCAGCUGGAACAUUAUUGACUUUCUGAAUCGAUGUCCGCUAGAACCAUUCAGCCAGAAAAUUGACUGUUAUAUCAAAUCUCUCGACGCGAUUGUUGCAUCUGGUCAAGUCAUAAAGUGGCGUGACUGGGGACCUACUUGGUCGCCAGCCAUUCAAGGCUAUUUGCCGAGCCACGAAACUGUGCCGAUCCAGCACUGGACCCACAAGGGCACAGGUGGCCUACUUGGCCCGCCUGAUGCUCGGGGUUCUCAUCCAGACCGGCAAAAAGCGAGAGAGUGGGAGGCGAAACGCGCCCGUGGGUAUAUACAAAUACAUCAGCCAGUCAAGGGGAAAAUAGGUACUGUAAUCGGCAAUAUAAGUGGCAAUGCCGACGUCAAAGCUUACAUUUCUAAAAAAAGUGUGAUUCACGGAGCGAACGACGAGCAAGACUCGAAACGGACAAAGAUACAUCAUUUUUUCCCUGUACUUAAUGCCGCUAUGCAGACUCAGGCUGAUAGCGAUGGAGCGGCGAUUCCUAAAGAUGAUGCCCUAAACGAGCAAGUCCUUCUACAGGAAGAUCCAUACUCGAGUGUCGAUUGUCGACUAAUGAUUAACGGUGUCUGUAUCCGGUCAGCGAUGGAGAAUUGGCGUAAAUCGUCAAAACACGUUGACGAGAUACACAAGCAAGACUUAAUGUACUAUAACAUUAUCGACACAACCCCUUCCUCUGCGACGGGAGCUCGGCAGCUUUUCAACGAUAGUUGGAACGAUAUCUCCUCAGCUGUAGAAGGGUUAUUGGGCUCUCGAUCCCACGCAAUACCAUUAGCUUCAAAUUCUGGAUCUUCAGCUGAUCAAGACAUGGAAAACGAUGGACGCGCAGAUGAUAUCAAGCAAUACCUAACCAGUAUACUAAAAAAUGUGAACACCGCAGAAAAGUUAUGUGAUGCAAUCAAGAGAGAGCGCGAACGGUUGAGAACUAAUGGCAAUUUAAAAUGGAAAAAACGGAGUUUGGCGUUAUUGAAAAUAUUCCGGGAUCAAUUUCCACAUAGAAGAAACUGCCUGAGAGAGCAACAAACAGAAUACAAUUACAUAAUCAACUUCAUUUCGCGUGUCUUCAACUUGCUGUUGAAAGACAAGCCGUUUUUGAAAUGUAGUUGGGGGGAAACGACGCUGCGAUCCUCUGCAGCCCUCCUGAACCAGUCACUAAAAGAUGACGAGCGACGACACCCCGGAAACAAAAUCGACGCAAUCCUGUCGUUGCUAGAACUGGAUUUGGAGUUCUGCACGUUGGAAGUUUCGGGGCCUCCAUCGCACGUUGAUCACACCCACUACGUUGGAGACAGAAAUAAAACGGCGAAGAUGCUCAAAAUCAUUCUGAAUUUUAUCAAAAGGAACUUCUCGGGUGAUUUUGAGUUGUUCCGGAGGAUAAAAGUUUAUGGAAUGCAAGUAUACGAAAAAGAUUUCCCCUGUCCGACCAUGUCAUUUUUGUUCUUCAAGGAACUGCCAAAAUUCGCCUCGAACUUGUGGUUAAUGCAGGAAAUGAUUGUCUCGAGUACCGAGCGCAUAUUGGCUUACGUCACAAAUACUAUUGCUGAAUCGAGUAGUGACGACUCUAAGAUCGAUAAAACGAAGGUAUCACCCACGGAAAAAAAGGAUAAGA